AUGUCUGACACCACACUUCCCGACCUCCUCUUAUCCGCCCUAAACUCAGCAUCAGAGAAACGCAUCCGCGCCACCCUCGAGAAAAUAUGUGCCCAAGUUCCCGAUGCGCUAGACGUCGCAUCUGACGAACUCCUCGUCACAUCAGCAGAUCUCAAAGCCGCCAACGAAAGAGCAAAAGAGGCGACUAAAGAAGCAGCAAAGAAAGGAACUGAAGCCUCCCACGCAAUCUCGCUUGACGAGGACGAGAAUGCAGCGAAAGAGCCCGUUGAAAAAGGCAAAGAAGCCAGGCCCCUGAAGCGGAAAAGAGAAGACUACGUUGCGCACCGAUUCGAACCAUGCAUCGAUUGCGAACAAGAAUUCGAUGCGUUGACAAACGGUCCAACGAGCUGUUUAGUGCACACCAAAACCCUGAAAAUCGACACAAAAUCACCCGCCUGGUGGGACUACGACCAGCGCUUCCACGGCAAAAAAGACACGCCCGCCAACCGGGAAAAACACCCCGACGGCUUCCGCUGGGGGUGCUGCAAGCGGUUUGCCGGGCGCCCGGGGUGCCAGAUCGGACUUCAUCGCGUCAAGGGUGCGGCGAGGAAGAAGACUGCUGUGCUGGGGCUGAAACCGGAUGCGGCGAGGGAGAGUGUUAUUAAUGGGAGUCGACGGCUGCCGGAGGGGCAGGGGGUUUUUGACUUCGCGACGGGGACUUGGAGGACGAAGAUGACGGCGUGA